AUGGGCUGUGCUUUAAGGAAACAAGAAAGAAUAUAUGAAGAUCAAGCUUUACUAGCAGCUCAAACACAUUUUUCUUUGGAAGAUGUCAAGUCACUAACUGAACUCUUCAGAAAAUUAAGUUGUUCAAUUUGCAAUGAUGGCUUUAUUAGCAGAGAAGAGUUCCAGCUUGGAUUGUUCAGAGAUAACAGGAAGCAUUCUCUGUUUUCAGACAGGAUGUUCAACUUGUUUGACUCCAACAAGGAUGGGCUAAUUGAUGUUGGGGAAUUUAUCCAUACACUAAGCAUCUUUCAUCCUGAUGCUUCUCAAGCAGAAAAAAUUACAGUUGCCUUUAAACUAUAUGAUAUAUGGCAAACAGGCUUUAUUGGACGUGAAGAGGUAAAGGAGCUUAUUUUUGGGCUAUUAUAUGAGUCUGAAUUGAUACUCACUGAUGAUAUAGUUGAAGUUAUUAUCGACAAGAUAAUUGAGGAGGCAGAUUCUAAAGGGGAUGGAAAGAUAGAUAUAGAAGAGUGGAAUAAUUUUGUAGCUCAUAAUCCAUCUUUGUUGAAAAACAUGACAAUUCCAUAUCUCAAGGACAUCACAGCUGCAUUUCCUAGUUUUGUGGUGGAUACACAAAAGAAUGAUGAGAUCUACAAGGAUUUCUGAGUUAUAAAAAUGGUGACGUGACAAGUAUUCUUCGAGAAUGUAGUUCUCGAAGCGCAUUUAUCUUCAAAGUGAGACUUUUCAAAUUAAUUAGACCUCAUAUAUGAUAGGAUCAUUAAACAUUAGGUGAAAAAUAAUUUUUAAAAAAAGAUAAAAAAAAUGACUCGAAUGAUGAGAGGAAAUAUUUCAUUAAAAAGAGAGAAAUAGGGGAAUGGAGGUAAGGAGAAUCAAAAACCCCGUGUCUCUCACAUGGAAAGCGAGCGCUCUACCAUAUGAGCUAUAGCCCCUUGUAAGUUCAACAUGACAAGAUAUUUAAGAUUAACAACCAGAUGUAUGCAUACUUAGGAGUAACUUAGGCCUCAAGUUUAGAUAUUUUAAUCUGAAUAUAUAUUUGAAUUUCGAUACUAAAAUUGUGUGUUUUCU